GCUGCGGCCUUAAAUUACCUAUUGUAGACCCGGCCUUAUACUUGGUUGUCGGCGCCGGCAAUGUAUGUAUGUAUGCACGUAUGUACAUACGUAUGUAGUACAAAUCAUAUCAAGAAAAUGGCGCUUUCUUGUGCUAUUUCUAAUGAGGUACCGGAGCAUCCAGUAGUAUCCCCUGUUUCUGGAUCAAUAUUUGAAAGGCGUCUUGUUGAAAAAUAUGUAGCUGAGAAUGGAGUGGAUCCUAUUAAUGGCAAAGAACUUACCAUCGAACAGCUUAUUGAUAUCAAAACAACUCCAAUUGUCAAACCUAAACCACCUAGCGCAACAUCCAUUCCAGCGAUAUUAAAGAACUUACAAGAUGAAUGGGAUGCUGUUAUGUUACAUUCAUUUACAUUGCGACAACAACUUCAAACUGCAAGACAAGAAUUGUCUCAUGCACUUUAUCAGCAUGAUGCAGCUUGUCGAGUCAUUGCUAGAUUGACAAAGGAAGUUACCGCUGCUAGAGAAGCUCUGGCCACUCUCAAGCCACAGGCUGGAAUCGUUCAAGCUGCUACAAUCCCACAACCUGCUGUGGCAGUAGAAGCUGGUGGCACAGCAGCCCAACCAAUGGAACAGGCUGGCAUCACUGAAGAUGUGAUUCAGAAACUACAGGAACGAGCGACUGUCCUCACUCAAGAGCGAAAGCGACGUGGACGUUCAGUGCCAGAAGAUUUAAUGCCUCAGGAUAGUAUCCGGUCAUUCCAAACUCUCGCAUCGCAUCCUGGACUGCAUUCUGCUAGUGUACCAGGAAUCUUAGCGCUCGACAUUCAUAGCGCAGAUACCAGCAAGAUUUUAACGGGUGGCGCCGACAAGAAUGCUACUGUUUUCAACAAAGACACCGAACAAGUAGUGGCAAUUCUCAAAGGUCACACAAAAAAGGUUACACGCGUUAUCUAUCAUCCAGAGGAAGAUGUAGUGAUGACCGCUUCACCCGAUACUACGAUUCGUGUAUGGAACGUUGGUACCAGUCAGACGACUUUAUUACUGAAGGCUCACGACGCUCCAGUAACCGGAUUAUCUCUACAUCCGACCGGUGAUUAUUUAUUGAGCUCGUCUCUGGAUCAACAUUGGGCCUUCUCGGAUAUACGUACCGGCAGAUUAUUAACUAAAGUGGCAGGACAAACGGGACAACCGUUGACUACGGCGCAGUUUCAUCCUGAUGGUCUAAUUUUCGGUACUGGCACAGCAGAUUCUCAAGUGAAAAUCUGGGACUUGAAAGAACAAUCUAACGUUGCAAAUUUCCCUGGUCAUACUGGCCCGAUCACAGCGAUUAGUUUCUCCGAGAAUGGAUAUUAUUUGGCAACUGCUGCGGAGGACUCUUGCGUUAAACUCUGGGAUUUACGCAAGCUAAAGAACUUUAAGACGCUGCAAUUGGAGGAAUCUUACGAAGUAAAGGACAUUUGCUUCGACCAAAGCGGAACUUAUUUAGCUGUAGCAGGGACAGACGUGAGGAUAUAUCUUUGUAAACAAUGGCAAGAAUUGAAAGUUUUGAACGAUCACACGGCAGCAGCUACUGGUGUUCGUUUUGGAAAACACGCGCAAUACAUUGCAUCCACCAGUAUGGACAGAACUCUGAAACUUUAUGGCUUGUCAUAGACAACUAAACCGAUAAGAAGAAACUAGAAGAAAUAUACGUAUUUCAUAUAUUAUUUAAUACCAAAUUAGAUUCUUCUAAAUGGAACCGAUCAAUUUUGAUGACUCAUUGAAUUUCUUUCAUAUACAGUUUAAAUCUUUUUCAUAUACAAUAAAAUAGACUCCUUUUGAGCCCGUUAAUUUUGAUAUCCCUCCGCAUAUAUUUUUACAUACAUUAAUGUCGUGUUUUUCAUUUGUUGCUGUAUAAUAAUGGUCAGCUAGACGAUUGCAGAUGCAGCCGUACUGAUAUUCACUAUAUUUGACCGCUUGGGAUAAAAUGUUAUCCUGCAUAUGUAAAACUGCAACUGCAUUUGCGCAAGUACAUGGCAAUUUGACAGUUUCGCGCUAAGGUGUGAGAAUAUAUGUAUAUACGUAUAUUCAUUAAUUUUUUUUCAGAAAUGUUCUAUUCCUUUCAUUCCAUAGGACCAAAAUUAAUAAAAACACACUAUAUAUUGGCAGAAAAAGUUUAUAAAAGAAGGAAAAUGUCAAAUCAUAAAAAACGAUCCAUUUUAAAAUCCGUAUCUAUAGUAGACUUUGUAAAUUAUAAAACUUACUCUUCUCCCCUUUAAAUAAGAAUAGUUUGUGACUACUUGAAGAAUUUCUGGAUAUUCUUCAUUUUAGACAUAAGAUUCAAAAUAUUGCAUCAAUACGUUUUAUUAUAAUUUUUACAUUAAUAUUUGGUCCUUAUUUGUAAAUUGAAUGACAUGUGCGAUAUUAUGACAAAUCUUUAAUUAUUAAGUUAUAGAUGUCCGCGACUUUUGAAGAAUA